CAGAUGGAGAUGCUCCAGCUACACGGUCAUUUUUGGGGGAUGUUUGGUCAAUCAGCACAGUAAAAUCUGCAGGUUUCUCCAAAGCACCUACUGUAUUUUAUUGCGUGUGAACCUUAAACCCACAGAAGCCCUUCAAAGUGAGUGCCAAGAGUGAUCUGUGGACGUGAGCGCGCACUGACGCUGCGCGGGAGUUUGGACAGAGGAAACAGGGACACAGAAACGCUUUGCGCGGACCUUCCCUCCGUUUGGAGCCCACACAGACUGAUGCUUGCAGAAAAGUGACAUGAAAGCAGAAAUGAAGACGCAGAAGUGGUAGACGAGCUGCGACGCGCACACAGAUCCUGCAGGUUCGGCGCUGUGGUCUGGUAAGAAACCACCAAGCAAACAUGAAAUCCAGGAGUCAAGACCCGAGUUUGUCUGACUCCAGAGAACUGGACAGAUCUCACGACCCACUUACAGGUAAUCCACAGUCCAAACCCAAUAAAAAGAGCAUAAAGCAGCGGUUCCUGAAACUGCUCCCCUGCUGUCGCUCUGGCUCCAGCUCUUCAGUUAAUCAAAGAAGUAUAGCUGAUGAUGGAGAACUGUCAACAGUGUGUUACAGACCAGAGGGGCUUGACCGGCUUGUACAGCAGACCAAAUUCAGCAAAAAAGAGCUGCAGGUCCUCUACCGGGAAUUCAAAAACGAGUGUCCCAGCGGGGCCGUGAAUGAAGAGACUUUUAAAACCAUCUACUCCCAGUUCUUUCCUCAGGGAGAUUCAAGCACAUAUGCACAUUUCCUGUUUGAAGCCUUCGACACCCACAGCACCGGAGCAGUCAGCUUUGAGGACUUUGCCAUAAGUCUGUCCAUCAUCUUGAGAGGCUCCAUCACUGACAAACUCAACUGGGCCUUUAACCUGUACGAUCUCAACAAGGACGGCUGCAUCACCAGAGAGGAGAUGACAGACAUCAUGCACUCAAUCUAUGACAUGAUGGGGCAAUAUACCUACCCCAGCAUGAAGGCUAGUGCUCCCAAGGAUCACGUCGACAGCUUCUUCCAGAAAAUGGAUAAGAACAACGAUGGAGUAGUCACCAUCGAAGAGUUCUUGGAGACAUGCCAAAAGGGCUCCAGCCAGAGGGUAGGUGGUGUUUCAGGGCCUAAACAGAGUGGUGACCCUAGGAUACCUACCCCCAAACCAAUGUCAGCGAAUGGAUUAGGCAGGAAAUCUCACUCCAAAUGACUGGACUGGAUGUUAAGCGCACUGGAAGGUCAAGUCAUGGUGUUUUAAAAUUAUGAGUGAUGUUUCAAGCUGUGCAAACACAGCUCAGCAACACUAACCAGUGAUGAACUGAUGCCUCAAGAAAUCAGAAGGUAUGCACAACAGGCAGCUACAGUUUCUGCACCCUAACCCUUCACUCAUACAAAUGAUGAUCAGUAACUUAUAUCUCUACUGCAUGUACAGUCCACAUGAGCGAGAGAGAGAGACUGAGUGUGCAGACAACAAAUGGAACACUAUUGUAGAGUAUCACACACUUUACUCACAGAACAAGUUGAAAAUCAGUGAAUAAAUCUUAAAAUAAGAUAACUCCUUUGUGUCCCCGCUGUUCUUCUGGAGCUCACCACUCACCUCUGUUACAACACUGUAGAUUGUGUCUGCAUGAUGUGUCUGUUUUGACUGGCCACUGAAAUGUUUAAUUCAAAUGUUAAUAUAUUUUCUAUAUGGACCUGGUGACAAUGAUGAUGAAAUAUAAA